AUGACGCUGGUCGAAAAAGUCGAACGAAACGCUGAGGAGACUCAAGAACAAGGCUGCUGUUUUAAAUUUGAUAAUGCAUGCUGUUCAUUACUCGGCAAAUGGUGGAAUGUUCAUUAUGAAUGGCAACGUCGUAUACUUCGAGUUAUUGAACAGCCAAUAUUUCAUAUUGUGAUCAUUGGACUCGUACUCGUCGAUUGUUUAUUUGUAAUAGCUCAAAUAAUACUUGAUUUUAUCAAGUUUAAUAAAAUGUGUAAAUCAGGACGUCUUAAUAAAACCGCUGCACACAAUGAACAUGAAGAUCAUGGAAUUGAAUUGACUAUCGAAGUUCUUCACUACUCUUCUUUGGCACUGUUGGCGGUGUUUGUUGUCGAAAUUUUGGUUAAAGUGUUUGUGUUCGGACGACAUUGGUGGAAUUAUCAUGAUAAAAAAAGGGAAUGGCUUGACGCAAUUGUUGUUCUUGCUUCUUUUACUCUCGAUAUAGUUCUCACGUAUAAAAACAGCAUGUUUGCCGAAGUAUCUUUAUUAUUCAUUUCCCUUCGUUUGUGGCGUUUGACUCGAAUCAUCAAUAGUGUAGCCCAGACCAUUCGAUCAGAAGAUGCAGCUAAAAAAAAACAGUUGGCUGCUAGUUAUAAUAAACUUAUCGAAUUGCUUUUGAUUGUCUCAGAAAAAAAGAGUUUUGCUAUCUCUAACCUUGAUCGCGAGAUGAUACCAGAAAGUUACCACAAUAUUAUUGACGAAUUCGAAGCGAUCGAUCAAUGCUGUCAUACAAUUCUUCGGGGUUGUGAACGUACAUCAUCAGUUAAUGCUGUCACUGAGAUGGCUCGUCGUUUACAAGAUGCCACAGAAAAAUUUCAAUUAAAACCACAAACAAAUAGCCAAUUAUCUGACUCGAAGAUCAAUAACUGA